AUGGCAUCAUCACAAAUACGCCAAUUUGCUACUUUAAUAGAUCAGUUACCCUGUGAAGCUGAUGAUUUUAAUUUAAUGGAAAAGCUUGAAGAUUACAGUAAAUGCUUUGAAAGUUCUUUUCGUAAUAACAAUAUAAAGAAUUCAGAUUCUUUUUUCCCAUUUAAUUCAAAUGUGAAUGAUUAUAUAAGUAGUAUAUCUAACUCUCAGUUGAAUCUGAACUAUAAUAAUAUAAAUGAAAACAAUUUUUCCAAUUCUUCAUUUAAUGAAAAUGGAAAGAAAAGUUUAUAUUCAGAAAAUUCUAAUACACAAAAAAAAAACAGUGAGCAUGAAAAUAUAAAAAAUAUUAACGUAAUCAAUAUAAAUAAAAGUGAGUCUAAUUUAUGCACCAAUAAUGAACUACCUAAAAAUAUUAAUAAAGCAUCUACUUAUGAUGAAAAUAAUAUAAAUGUAAAUAAGAAUCAAAAUGAUACAAACAAUGAUAAUAAUUCUAAUUCCUUAUUUUCUCUUGUUAAUAAUUUACAAAACGAUGAAAAAAACAAUUACUUAGAAAAAUUAAAAAAUGAAAUUGAAGGCACAACGUGCAAAUACUUAGCAAAUAAAAAAAGUUCUAUUUAUAAAAAUAAUCUUAGUGAAAUUAUUAAUCAUAAUAAUGAAUACUUAGUAGAUGUAAAGUAUUCCAAUAAUAAUAAAAGUAAUGAUAACAUUUCAUUAUACAAUUUAAAUAAUAAUGUUAAUGAUGAGACAAUCGAAAAUAGAGGAGAAAAUAUCGUUUACAGAUAUGAUAAUACAUUAUCAAAAUGUGUAAGUUAUAAUAAUAAAAAAAAUAAUUUAGACAAUUCAAAAAUAAGUUCUUACAUAAAUAAUGAUGAAGAAAAUCAUGUAAAUGAUUUAUUAUUUCAGUAUAAAAAGAAGAUCAACUCAAGAGAAAUAAAUAAAGAAAAUACAUUAAACAUGGUAAAUAUUAGUGAACAAAAUGGAAAUAAUGAUGAAAAUAACAUUAGCUCCAGUGACAACAAUUUAAACAAUGAUAAUAUAAAUAAUAAUAGAAAGAUAUUAAAUAAUAAUGUAAAUUUAAAAUAUUCCAUUAAUGAAAAUUCAACUUCUGACAAUAGAGAAUUUUAUGAUAUGUUAAAAAAAAAUAAUAAUUUUAAUAAAAAUAUCUUAUUGACUAAAAAAGCAAAAGUCAUCAAAUUAGAUUCAAAUAAAUCAUUAAUUAUAUUCCCCGUAAAUAUUCAUGAAUAUGGAGAAAAAUAUAUUGCUGUCAAUCAAAAAGAUCUUCUUGAGUAUAUUUCAUCUUCAGUUGAGUUUGAUAAUGAAGACAUUUCUUCAUUAAAAAUUAAAAUUUAUCAAAAAGAAAAGGAAUUGCAGAAUAUCAAAGCUGCUUAUAGUAUGCAAACAACAAAUAUACAUUAUUUGAUUAAUAGAGUUAUAUUUAAGGAAUGCGAAUAUGAGCAAUUAAAACAUAAAAGUUUUACAUUAGAACAUGAGAUAAAUAAAUUAAUUCAAGAAAUCAAUUCACUUAUUAACCAGAGUAAGGAAGGAGUGUAUAUGCAGAAAUUUUUUAUAGAUUAUAAAUGUAAGUGCAUAUUAAAAUUACAAGAAUUACAGCCACUAUUAGGUUCGUAUUACCAUGAUAUUUUUCAUUAUAUAACUUCAUGCAGAACAUUAGGACAAUUAAGUAUAUGGAUUCCAGCAUUUGAAAUAAAAAAUGAUUCAUUGGAAUCAAUUGCUAAUCAUUUAAUAAAAAUUUUACUAAAUGGAUUAGGUGCACCUUUUAAUACAUCUCCCCAAUACUUUUUAUCAAACAAGUAUUUACUGAAAAAAUCUAUAUCUAUGGAAUCGGAAGAAGAUACAUUUUUAAAUAAUUUAGCAAAAAGAAAAAUUAUUGAUAAUUAUUUAGUAAAUAAUUUAAAUAGUUUUAAUACAACAAAGGAAAAUAAUUCACAUCUAUCUAAUUGUCAAUCUUUAUCAUUAAACAGUGAAUCUUCUUCUAUUAUGGGAACAGAAGAAUUAUUUUUUAACUCUUCUAAAUUUCCUUCUAUGCAUUCGGUUAUUUUAAAGAAUAACAAAAAUAUUAAAAAAAAUGAAAAACUAUUUAAUGAACUUAAUAGAUCUAACACAACACCUGAACUAUUAUGUAUUCAUAAUGAGUCAUAUAACUUCAGUGAUGUUUGCAAUGGUAAAAAUAAUAGAGAAGCAUUUAUAUGUAAUAGUCAGAAUGAACAAAAAUACGAUAAUUUAAUGGUGGAUAAAGAAAAUUUUAAAAAAAGAAAACAACCCAUAAUAGAUAAUGAAGAGAAAGAAAACGAAAAAAUUCGAUGCAGUAAUAAAACAGUGAAAAAAAGAAACAUAGAAAAUGAUGAAGAAAGAGAAAAAGAAGGAAGUAUUAAUGAAAUGAAAUACAAAUUAAAAGAAAUGCAACAAUCAAAAGAAUAUUAUGAAGAAAUAAAGCUUAAAGAAAUAUUGAAGGAAAAUCAAAUUUCUUUUGAGAAUCAAAUGGAAAAAAAUUUAGGCAAAGAAAAAAGUAAAAAAGAUGAUAAGAAGGAUGAAGUAAAUAAUAUCUUGGAAAAGGAAAAUAAUAAAGAUGAUAAUAUUCAUGAGAUAUAUAAUAAUACUGUGAAGAAAGAAAAAAAAACUAGUAAAGAAAAAGAAAAAAGAAAAAAUAAAGAAAAUAAUGCUAUAGUUGAAAUGGGAACAACUGCGGAAAUAAAAAUUAUUAACGAAAAUAACGGGGAAAAAGUAUUUAAUGAAGAAAAAAACAUAGAAAAGGAAUCUAAGAAAGAAACAAAUAUAGAAAAAGAUAUGAAUAGAAAAAAAAGUAUAGAACAUGAAUUAAGAAAAAAGAAAAGUAUAGAAUAUGAAACAGUUAAAAAAAUUAAAGUAGAACAAAUGGAAUUAGUAAAAAAAAAAAGUAUAGAACAAGACACAUUUAAAAAAAGUAAAAUAGAACAACAGGAAUCACUUAAACAAAAAACUACCGAAGAAAAAGGUAAAGAAAAAUAUUAUGAAUCAAAAAAUGCUAAGGAAAAAGAAAAACAAAAUGAAAAUUUAAAGGAUAAAUGCAUAAGUAAAAAUAAUAAAAAAAGCAACGAUAUUAAUAAGAAAAAAAGUUUCAGAAAAGAAUUAGAUAAAAUAAUUGAAGAAAAAAAUGAAUCAAAAAAGAAGAAAAAAUGUAAAAAUGAAAAAUUCUUUAAAGCUAAAUUGAAAAAAAAUUAA